CCGGAGGAGCAACAAGGCAGCAGCAGCAGCAGCAGCAGCAGCCCAGCAAAAAGAAAGUGAUUUAAAACCACCGGAGCAGCCUUCUAUCUCUUCUAGCUUGCUUUUUCACAACACGGUGAUAUUUAAAUAGGGCGAUCGUGAGAAUUAUAUCGGCAGUGAUAAUAAUAAUAUCAAUACAAGUACUAUGGAAGACCAGCUGCUGUGCUGCGAAGUAGACUCCAUCAGGAGAGCCUACCAGGACGUCAACCUGCUCAACGAUCGAGUCCUACACACUAUGCUGAAGGCUGAGGAAAACUACCUACCGUCACCAAACUACUUUAAGUGUGUUCAGAAAGAGAUUAUACCCAAAAUGAGGAAAAUUGUUGCCACCUGGAUGUUAGAGGUCUGCGAGGAACAGAAAUGCGAGGAGGAGGUUUUUCCGCUGGCUAUGAACUAUUUGGACAGAUUUUUAUCAGUGGAGGCAACCAGGAAGACAAGACUACAGCUGCUGGGAGCUACCUGCAUGUUUCUUGCCUCCAAGAUGAAGGAAACUGUGCCCUUAACGGCUGAGAAACUCUGCAUCUACACAGACAACUCGGUCCAACCAGGAGAGCUGCUGCAAAUGGAGCUGCUGGUUCUUAACAAGCUGAAAUGGGAUCUGGCUUCAGUCACGCCUCAUGACUUCAUCGAGCACUUCCUGUCCAAGCUGAAGAUCUACCCAUCCACCAAGCAGAUCCUGAGGAAACACGCCCAGACCUUUGUAGCUCUGUGUGCUACAGAUGUUAACUUCAUCGCCAGUCCUCCGUCCAUGGUGGCGGCGGGCAGCGUGGUGGCAGCUGUUCAAGGCCUCUAUCUGAAGAGCCAAGAUCCCUCUUUGUCCUCCCAGAACCUCACCAACUUCCUGUCGCAGGUCAUUCGCAGUGACCCGGACUGCUUGCGGUCAUGUCAGGAGCAGAUCGAGUCCCUGCUGGAAUCCAGCCUGCGACAGGCUCAGCAGACCAGCAACACAACAGAAACCAAACGUGUGGACGAGGACGUGGACCUGUCCUGCACCCCGACAGACGUCAGAGACAUCAACAUCUGAAACGACUGACAAGUUCACGCACAAUGACCUGAUGAUUGAGGGAAAGUUGUCGACAAAGUGUGGUGAUCGGUGGGCUGGGGAGGGGGUUCCUCAUCUGAACUUAGCCUCCCCUCCUCCUCCUCCUUCCCGGUGGGCUGCUACCAUGAGCGACAUGUUACUCACAUGCCUGCUGUCCGCUACGGCUGCCAAGAAGGGACAGAACGCCCUCCGCAACAAACCCCAAGUCACAUUUCCUGCCAGUGUCCCCCUCGCAUCCUGGGAAAAGAAAUGAACACUACAGAAAUGUACAAGAGAGAAAAGACACCGAAUACUGAUGACCUGUGUGGGCUGGAGUUCAAGCCACAAACAGACAUUUUAGUAGAUACUUUUUCUCAUUCCCUGAAAUAUUAAACUAGGAAUCUUUAAAUUACAGCAGACUCAAUCGCCUACUAAAACAUCCCAAAGUAUAAUUUACAGUAGGUCCUUGUUGUCUGUCAUCAGGUCGUCAUCUGAAAUCUGACUUUUGUUAAAGAGAAGAGGCUCUUUUUGUUUUUAUUUCUCUCAUCAUGUAUAAGGUUUUAGACUUCCUGUCCAAGCUCCCUUGUUUGUCUUGUUGCAGUGCAAACAUUCAUAUAUCCCUGCUUGCUUAUCUUUAGUCACUUUAUCAUAUAUAUGAUUUUAGACCUCUUUAUCUCUUAGUCUUAUACCUCUUUUCUUCCAGGCUUUUUGUUUUUUAAACCAAGUGUAGUGUGAGACGCUCUGUUUUUAUGACUCUAAUGACUGUGGACUGCUGAUGUUAAGGCUUGGACGUAUGUGAUUCUUUGUUUAAUUGUUGACAACAGUUCAGCUUGCUCUAAUUUGAUGAGAUCAAAUUGAUGCACAACUAAGCAGAGCAAUCCACAGUCUCUUACGUGUCCUUUCUCUGUGUAGUUCUACCUUAACCAUUCCAACUUUGUUUUAUUCUUUUUGGUUUUUAAAAAGCACUUUUGGUUAGCGCUGCUGGUUGUCUAAGAAAAUCACAGUGAAUAAGUUUGUAAAACAACAUGAAAAUUGAAUGGGGGUUUGAACAGGAGUCUUUUGGUGAUGAGGAGUCAGAGCAGCACAUGCAAACAGUUGGAUCUGGAUUAGACCUGGAUCUGAGUCUUGUAAUGGGACAAAAUAAUUGACCAUUUUGGCAUAAUGUCGUAUGCUGCUUGACACUGUCAUAAGUCUCAUAGAGCCAAUGGCUUUCUCUAGCUGUCUUCUAAAUCUCAGAUUUGAGUUUUAGUUCAACAGAUGUUUCAUACAGGCAAAGAUGCUCUUCCAUUUUAAGACAUAUAAUUGUUUCAGCGUAGGGACUGAAAAGCUGAAGGUCCAGUAAAAGUAAAAAGAAGUAUUAUUUUUUAUAGUUAAAAUAAUACUUUAUUUUUAUAUAGUAAAACAUAUUAUUUAUUCUUUUUUAGCUUGCAUUUUCUAGUUUGCAAACUAACCAUGGCUCAACCUACUGUUGAACUAUCUCUGCCUCCAGAGCAGCCCUGUCAUCCAGAAAUAUCUGUAAAAGUAAAACUCCACUCUGGCUCUAAAUCUCCAGGGUGGCAUCUCUUCCGUCGCUCCACUUCUGUUCAAAUACGACUCAUGGACUCUGGGAAGGGGAUGAAGUGGAAAAAAAAAAAAAAAAGAGAAGGAGUUUUGAGACUUUGAUUUUUGCACAAACCUAAAAGACGUGGGCUGCGUUUCUUGGGGACUUGCCUAAAAAAAUGUGGAGAGCAAAACUGGCAAGUGUACCGAGGAAUGAAAAGGCAGCAAAAGUGGCAAAAAGGGUGAAAGGUCAACAGGGAGGGGUGUCUUAAUGCUGUAGAGUUCAAGUCAGGGUUUCCUACAUAGGACAACAAAGUUGCCAUGACUAGGUUGAUGUAUGCUUUAUAUAGGAUGAUGGACAGAUACGUACCAGCAGAAGGGCUCUCUUGAUAUUCUAUAAGUAUGUCAAACUGUGUAGGAACCCUGUAAAAUAGGUUUCUGAUUGUACAUUAAGGAUAGAGAGUAGGAGAGAAACACUCCUUGUAUUCCGCUGCUAUAGAAAAUGAAUCCCAGCUAUGUGUUUUAAAAAAAAGAAAAACAGAUGACAAAAACGUAAUGGAUAAAAAACAAUGCUUUUCUCCUGUUGUUUGCUGCUACAUCUUUGGUGUUUUAUAUAUAUAUAUGUGUAUAUAUAUAUAAAAAUGUCAGUAUACUGCCAUUCUAGGUUUGAAUUUUCUCAUAGAAAAUUGUUUUAUUGACAUCCUCAUUUGUUGUUUUUAUGUAGUUUCUAUGUGAUCCGUUUUUGUUUGUCUAAUAAUUAAAAUAAUAUGAUUUUCCGAACUAUUCCAAAAAACAAGGAAAAAUGAGACAAUGUACAGAAAUGCUUUGAUCCACAAUACCUCAUGUGACAGUCAAUAUCUUCUCUAAUUUUUAUUAGUUUUUUAUUUGUUUAGUUUUAUAUUCUAUUCUACUUGUUGGUUCAGUGCCUACUAGCUCUGUUUAACCUGCUUGAGACGAAGCAUCCGUGAUGGAAAGUAGUGAGUCAAGGGCAUGCUUUGAAACUGGUGCCAUAAUAGAAAAUGGGAUAUGUAUAACUCUGUUGAGUGUUAAACUGUCUCAGUGAAAGAGACUUUAUCCCCCUUUAGGCCCAUAGUGGCCUUUUUUCCUUUUCCCCUUUUUAUAUUUAUAAAAGAAAAAAGCUUUUGGCUCCAAUUUUCAAACUGUCAGUGAGUUGAUUUGAGUUUGUAAAUAGAUUCAGUGUCGUGCUUGGUAAGCCAUAGACUUUUUUGUUACAAAACAUUCCACACAGUUUUGUCUACUUCAUGCCAGUUGUCUGCAACAUGUGUCGACUACACAAUAAAAACAUGAAUAGAUGGA